AUGGCUAUCCAGACUAAACCCAAGCCCUCAACGUCCAAAGUGCGUCCAUCCGGCCCCAUAUCGACGACGGCGCCUAAUCGCGUGCAGGCCAAUGCCAUUACCAUAGACUCCGAUUCCGAAGAUGAGAAGCCUGUGAAGAGGUCUGCUGGCGUGAAACGCAAGAAACCCGCCGUACUUGACUCUAGCGACGACGAAGACGAGGCCGAGCCCACGCCGCCAAAGAAGAAGUCCGCUGUUGCGCCCACAAACAAGUCCGGCUCUUCGAAGGCUAAGCCAAGACCAUCUGCAGUGGCUAAACCGAAGGCGAAGCCCAAAGCGAAGAAAGAUGAGGACUACGAGAUGGACUCGCCCAGCGAGAGCGAGGCCGAGCCAGAUGUCAAGCCGCCCAAGAAAGCGUCACCACAGAAGAAAGCAGCCGCUCCACGCAAGUCCGCCGCCAAAGCUCCACCACCAGCUGACGACGAGAAGCCAGUGAAGAAAGAAGAGGCAUGUGCUGACAAGGAAUACAGCUGGGCGGCUAUGAAAGCUGCAAGGUUAGCAGGCCCUUCGGCGCCAGGCUCCAAGGAAGUGCCCGAUGGUGCACCAAACGCACUUGCGGGGCUCGCCUUCGUCUUCACCGGCGAGCUCUCCGCCUUCUCGCGCGACGAGGCCGUCGAGCUCGCUAAACGCUUCGGCGGCCGCGUCACCGGCCAGCCCUCCGGCAAGACUGACUACGUCGUCCUCGGCGACAACGCCGGCGACAGCAAGCUGCGCGCGAUUAAGAAGCACGGGCUUAAAACCCUGAACGAAGACGAGUUCCUCGCGCUCGUCGGCUCGCGGAACAAGGACGGGAAGAUGAAGGUGGACGAGAAGACGCGGAAGAAGAUGGAGAAGGAGCAAGCGGAUAUUGAGAAGGCGGCGGCGGAGCUGGCUGCGUUGUUGGUUUUCUUUUUGGGAGAGAAAGGGGAUGAUGCUGACCGAGUUUCGUGCAGCGGCCCCAAAGGUGUCGACCCAAGCAUGCAGCUUUGGACAUCACGUUAUGCGCCGCAAUCGCUCAAGGAGAUCUGCGGCAACAAGGCCGGCGUCGAUAAGCUGCUGCAAUGGCUCAACGACUGGUCAGGAAGUUUGGCAUGCGGAUUCAAAAAGCCUGGCAAGAAUGCCAUGAACACCUACCGGGCCGUUUUGAUUACAGGGUCUCCGGGUAUUGGGAAGACCACUAGCGCGCAUCUGUGUGCCAAGUUGGCUGGCUUUACCCCUGUUGAGCUCAAUGCAAGCGAUGCGAGGAGUAAGAAGUUGGUUGAGAACGGCAUGAACAUCAACAAUACCACAAUUGACAAGUGGUACCAAGGGAAGGGCGCCGUCAACACGGACGGAGUCACUAUCACAGAUAGGAGUUGCUUGAUCAUGGACGAGGUGGAUGGCAUGUCCGCUGGCGACAGAGGAGGCGUUGGUGCUCUGAACGCCCUGAUCAAGAAGACUAAGAUCCCCAUCAUCUGCAUCGCCAACGACCGAAAUGCGCAAAAGCUAACCCCCCUCAAAGGGACGUGCUUCAACCUGCCCUUCCAGAAGCCACAAGUGCAGGCUGUCCGGUCACGCGUGCUCACCAUCGCCUUCAAGGAGAAGAUGAAGAUACCGGCGAACGUCGUUGACCAGCUCAUCCAGGGCUCCCAGUCCGAUAUCCGGCAAGUCCUCAAUAUGAUGUCCACCUGGAAGCUCUCCAGCAAUACCAUCGACUUCGACCAGGGGAAGGCACUCGUCAAAGCGAACGAAAAAUACGCCAUGAUGACCCCCUUCGAUAUCACGCACAAGAUCCUCGGGCCGUACAUGUUCUCCGCGACCGCGCGCGAGACCCUCAACGACAAGAUGGAGCUGUACUUCCAGGACUUCUCCUUCAUGCCGCUCUUCAUCCAGGAGAACUACCUGAAGAUGAGCCCGGCGCGGGUGCGGAAUCUGGACGGGCCGGAGAAGGAGAUGAAGUUGAUGAAGCUGAUGGAGCGGGCGUCGAUGGCGGUGUCGGAUGGGGAUUUGGUGGAUGCGUUAAUUCAUGGGCCGGAACAGCAUUGGGGGCUUAUGCCGUUGCAUGCGGUGUGCUCGACUGUGCGCCCGGCGUACGAAAUGUACGGCUCGGGCGGGGGAUAUGGGUCGCCUAAUCAGGUUUCGUUCCCGCAAUGGCUCGGCCAGAACUCCAAGCAGAACAAGCUCGCGAGGCAGCUGAGCGAUGUACAGAUCCGCAUGCGGCUGAAGGUGUCGGGCGACAAGCCGGAGAUACGACAGUCGUAUAUUCCACACCUGUUCCCGCAUAUCGUGCAACCACUCAUGGAUGAGGGAGCGAGCGCCGUCGAUGAAGUCAUCGAGUACAUGGAUGAGUACUUCCUCUCUCGCGAGGACUGGGACACCAUCGUCGAACUCGGCGUUGGCCCGCACAAGGACGAGGACGUGCUCAAGAAGAUAUCGACGCAGACGAAGUCGGCAUUCACGCGCAAGUACAACGCCGGCGAGCAUCCGAUACCAUUCCAUAAGGCGACGGACUUGGGGAAGGCGCCGAAGAAGCUACCAGGGGGCCCUGCACCGGAUAUUGAGGAUGCGUUCGAGGUGCGUGUUGUCCGUUGA